AUGGGACAAGCGUGCGGACACGCGCUCCUCUGCCGUAGCCAGCCGCCGUCCUCAGAGAUACGCGGUCAGCAAGUGUUUCUGCGUCCAGAGGAGAGUUCAGCAGCUCCAGCCCUGACGACCAGACAGUCCAUCACGUUGUCCGAACAGCUCCAGGAUGCUUUGCUGCGGCUGGCGGCGGUUGUCGACACGCGCUCCCUGCGAGUUGCCCUUGGAGACAGCAUACAGGAGCUGCUACCCAGCACGGAGUGUGUGUGUGUCUACAUGCUGGAGGGAGACUCGAGGCUACUCUCUGACGACCUGCAACAUGAACUGCCACCGGAGGGGAAGAUCAGGAAUAUCGUGGACCAGCUGAAGCGAUGUCAGUGUGCCGGCCUUCCUUCAUCCGAACUGCCAGAGAAAUACAGAAUCUGCCUCGCAGCACCGUUACCAGCACACAAAAGAGCUGUUAUCAUUCCUGUCUUGAACCAGGAGCGGAGCAAGGCCAUCGCUGUCUUACUGGUGGGCUGUAAUCCUCUAUCUGAUCAAGAUGAACUGCAUCUUAAUACGCUGGAAAAACAUGCCUCAGUGGCAUGUGUGCGCGUUCAGGUUGUUCAGACGUCCUACCAGAGGCCUCCCCUCAGCCCCUCGCCCAUACAGUCCCACAAUGCACUGCUGCACCUCAACGUUUCAGACCAGGACUACUGCGAGUUGGACCGCAACAUCUUACAACUCUGCGGUGAGCUCUAUGACCUCGAUGCAGCCUCUCUCCAGCUCAAAGUCAUCAAUUAUCUGCAGCAGCAGACCCAGUCGCAGUGUUGCUGUCUGCUACUGGUGUCCGAGGAUAACCACCAGCUAUUCUGCCAGGUAGUUGGAGACAAAGUCCUAGAGGAGGAGAUCAGCUUCCCGAGACAUCACUUUGCCCAGGCCAUCGCCAUCCUCAACACUCAAGGCUGCAACAUAUUUGAGAAGUUCAACAGGAAGGAUUACCAACGCAUGCUGGAUCUGAUGAGAGACAUCAUCCUGGCUACAGACCUGGCUCACCACCUCCGCAUAUUCAAGGACCUGCAGAAGAUGUCUGAUGAUGGAUAUGAUCCAAAAAGCACAACCCACCGCUCCAUGCUGCUGUGCCUGUUGAUGACGUCAUGUGACCUGUCGGACCAAACCAAGGGCUGGAAGACAACACGCAAGAUAGCUGAGCUGAUUUAUAAAGAGUUCUUCUCUCAAGGAGAUCUGGAGAAAGCCAUGGGGAACAGGCCCAGUGAGAUGAUGGACAGAGAGAAAGCGUACAUCCCAGAGCUACAGAUCAGCUUCAUGGAACAUAUUGCCAUGCCCAUCUACAAGCUGCUAUCUGAACUGUUUCCUGAGGCCACUGAGCUGUACGAGAGAGUGGCGGCAAAUCGAGAGCAGUGGACCAAAGUGUCCCACAAGUUCACCAUCCGGGGGUUGCCUAGCAACAACAGCCUCGACUUCCUGGACCAGGAAUACGAGCUACUGCAGUCCCAAGGGGCUUUCGGGAGUGACGACCACUGCCUCAACGGUUGCCUCGACGAUGCCGAAGGAGGGAGGGGUCAGUGACGUCGGCGGCCUGACGACGGUUCCUGAUGUUUUUCUGUGGUCCAAUAAAAGAGGCUGAGGAUACCUUUUUAGCGACCUAAGAGAGAGGAGGGUCUCUCUCUGCUGUCAAUCACUUAGAUGCUUAGCAGCCAUGCAGAACGGACAGGACAAAGUUUCAAACUGAUUGAAUCCAACAAGCAAUUUGAAACGAGUGGAUCCAUCUGAGCCGGUUCAGUGAUUAGAUGCUACUUGUUGCUUGUGUCUCCAGUUCAGGAAAGCAGAAGGUGGUGACUUUUAUCUUUUUCAGCAGCUACACUGGAAAAAUAAGUUUUUACCACGAAUCACGAGUUCAUUCAUAACAGUACUGAUCCUGAUUAAUGUUGUAAAAACACACACACACACACACACACACACACACACACACACUGACACA